CCGGCAGCUUCUGCAACUUCGAUAUGAAUCCCAUGAAUGGUCCGGCUGGCGCGCCCUCCCUGUGGCAGGAGGCGCGUAACUCUGAUGGUCGAGUUUACUACUACAAUGUGCAGACGAAGGCGACGCAGUGGUCGAAGCCCAUCGAGCUGAUGACGCCGGUUGAGCGUGCCUUGGCAAAUCAGCCGUGGAAGGAAUAUACUGCUGAGGGUGGUCGGAAAUACUGGUACAACACCGAAACCAAGCAAAGCACCUGGGAGAUGCCAGAUGUUUACAAAACUGCUCUGGCACAGGCUCCAGCGCCUCAGGCUCCUCCAGUGGCGGCCCCGACUUUCGUUGCAGGUGGUGUUAGCUCGUUUUCUUCUUACCCUCAACAGCGUGACCGCGACGACUAUGAUCGAGGCUAUGGCGACCGACGUGGAGGAUAUGGCUCGAUGGAUACCAACGGCAUCGCCGCUGCUCCUAUCCUAGGUACACAGCAAGCCGAACCCGAGUACGGCUCUCUCGAAGAGGCAGAGAACGCGUUCAUGAAGAUGCUGAAGCGCCACAACGUGCAACCCGAUUGGAGCUGGGAACAGACCAUGCGUGAAACUAUCAAGGAUCCUCAGUAUCGUGCCCUCAAAGACCCCAGAGACCGCAAGGCAGCUUUUGAAAAAUAUGCGGUCGAGGUUCGCAUGCAGGAAAAGGAUCGGGCGAAAGAAAGAUUCGCUAAGCUCAGAGCAGAUUUCAAUACCAUGCUGAAGCGCCAUCCUGAGAUUAAACAUUACAGUCGCUGGAAGACCAUCCGACCGAUCAUCGAGGGCGAAACCAUCUUUAGAUCUACGGAUGAUGAAAACGAGAGGCGCCAGCUCUUCGAGGAGUACAUUGUUGAGCUCAAGAAGGAGCACAUCGAGGAGGAAGCUGUUAAGCGUAAAGCUGCUAUGGAUGAGCUGGUGACUAUCUUGAAGUCUCUGAACCUGGAACCAUACACACGCUGGUCUGAAGCACAGGCGAUUAUUCAGUCGAAUGACAAAGUCCAAAGCGACGACAAGUUUAGAACUCUAAGCAAGUCCGAUAUUUUGACUGCAUUCGAGAACCAUAUCAAGUCCCUUGAGCGGGCCUUCAAUGAUGCGCGUCAGCAACAAAAGGCUGCAAAGGCGAGAAAAGAGCGUCAUGCCCGCGAGCAGUUUAUCGAGCUUCUGAAGGAGCUGAGAUCUCAGGGUAAGAUCAAGGCUGGAAGCAAGUGGAUGAACAUCUACCCCUUGAUCCACGAGGAUCCUCGGUACGUCGGUAUCCUGGGUAACUCCGGAUCUUCUCCCCUGGAUUUGUUUUGGGAUAUGGUUGAAGAAGAAGAACGCUCACUGCGUGGCCCACGUAAUGAUGUCUUGGAUGUACUUGACGACAAACGCUUCGAGGUUACACCAAAGACCACUCUGGAGGAGUUCAACGCUGCUGUAUCUGGGGAUCGCCGGACAGCCAACAUUGAUCCGGAGAUACUUCAACUGAUUUUCCAGCGUAUCCAGGAGAAGGCUGUCCGACGAAGCGAGGAAGAGAAGCACGCUGCGGACCGUCAUCAACGCCGUGCUAUAGAUUCAUUGCGUUCCCGGAUCAAGCGUCUCGAUCCCCCUGUCCGUGCAACUGAUACUUGGGAACAGGUGCAGCCACGGAUCGAAAGAUUCGAUGAAUACAAGUCUCUGGAGACCGAUGAGCUCCGACAGGCCGCCUUUGACAAGGUCAUCCGCCGCCUGAAGGAGAAGGAGGAGGAUGCGGAACGAGACCGCGAGGCCCGCGACAGGGAUCGCGGAAGUCGCCGUGAUCAUCACGACCGUGAUCGUGAUCAUCGCAGCGGGCCAUCCUAUAGAGGCGAAAGAAGGGGAACGUCUAGCCGUCUAAGCCGGACCCCAGAACCAGAUGCCUACGAGGCAGAUCGCCGUAAAGCCCAAGCAGAUCGUGAACGCUCCUACCGCAAGGCCAGCGGCCUAUCGCCCGUCCGAGAGAGACGGGAAGAGCGCGAUCGAGACAGGGAACGUUACCGUGAGCGUGAGCGGGAUAGGGACCGCGAUCGCGACUGGGACAGGGAUCGCAGCGCACGCCCUCUUAGCCACUACGAACGCGAGCGCCGCGAGCGUGAGGAAGAGCGCGAACGCCUCUAUCGCACACGCGGUGAUCCCCGGGGAGGUCGGGAUGAGCUGGAUUAUGGUGCCGAUACCCGAAGCACCACAAGCAAUGAUCGUAGGCGCAGACGCGACAGCGACACGGAAAGUGUUGCCAGUCGCUCUGCGAAGCGCUACCGACGUGAUAGUCGGGAGCGCGAACGCAGCCGCGGUGCCAGGCGAGACCGGGACCGUCGCGAGCGGACUCCAGCGGCAACCGAUGAUGGAAAGAAAGAGGAAAAGGCCGUCCACUCCGGUAGUGAAGAAGGGGAGAUUGAGGAAGAUUAAGUAGAUGCGCACACACACUACUACCCGUUCCAUAGGUAAUUGCCAAUGGACGCUGACUGACUCUACACUUGUAGUGUCGGGUUCUGGUGGAUGCGUCUCAUCUUUGCUGCCCCCGUAUAUCGACUUUGUAUGUCUAGCGCCCACACGAUUGAUAUAUGCAUUUCUUGACAUGUGAAAAUACAAAUACAAUA